UGGAUAGAUCUUUCUUAGCGGAAAAGCCCCAUUUAAAGAGCCAUUGCAUGUACUAGUAGUAUACCGCUUCGAUCAGAUGUCUGCACUCGCCCACGACGCGAGUCCUGUAGGAACAGACGCACAAUCCGUGCCAGGCAGCGACCUUGAUGCCCAGAAACCAGCCUCAUCGACAGACGAGGGCCUCAAGAGCAACCAGACUUGUAGCUGUUUCCACUAUGAUCUCGACCCUGAUGAAACCGACCGAUCGAGCGAGUUCGAUGAUUCUAACUUGCCUCCAGUCGUCAUAUUGAACGAGACCCCCUGGCCCGAGCCCGCCAGUCCCUUGUCACCAUCAGAGGAGCAGAAGUGGGAGCCACUAUUUGGACUAAGUACAGACACAGGUCUGCCAAAUCAGGGCAUCAAGAAUAUGGCUGCAAUCGUUGAGCUCUUGCGAGAAGCCGGGAUCGUGUGUUGCAUGUCGUACGAGCCCGCACUCAGGUACUACGGAGCUAAGCGACUUGUUUUCGAAUGGAUUUUUUGCAUCCCGACGGAGCAUGUCGAGAGUGCCUCUCAGUUGAUUCGAGAACGAACAAAUGAUUACGAGCCGUUUCGCCAUCCAGAUACCCAGCGUGUUUACAGCCUCGACCACUUUUUCCCUCGAUUCAAAAUUCGGGGACAUAGCGUCUUUUUCACCUUCAUGUCUUCACAGGCGCUCAACAUCCCAUGCACGCCCGAAAACGUCGAGUUCAGCCCGAAUGGAAUACCGUACCCUAAGCUACAUGUAUACACCCAGAGCCUCAUCGACACAUACAAUGUGGUGGAUCUUGUUGAUCUAAUUGACGGCAUGGAUCUCUCUAUCGAAUGGGGCAAGGCUCAUCUCAAUCUGGAGGGCCCGAUCGAUGUUGCCUGGGGCAGAUGGACCGCGAAUUUCGAGGCUGGCGGACAAGCCCCUCCUGACAUGAUCCCACGAUGGUGCGCGGAUCCACCUUCACGGCUUAGUAUCUGGUUGAAAUACGCGUCGGCGGAGAGGAAGUGGGCGAGUCGUGGGUUCAAGGCGCUUCCGAACGACGUCACGAGGUUUCGUAAACGUGGGCAGGGGGAUCCGCGGCUGCGGCAGCGGGAUUGGUGUUGAGCGAUAGAGGUUUUCGCAUAUAUAUAGUACUAGACUUGCGUGGCUAUCUGGCAAAUGGUAUAUAGGGUUGUUGGGGUAGUAGUAGCAGUAGUCUGAUGACGAAGAGAAAACUGCUCAAACAUGUCUGGCCAUGAUGAACUCUAACUGGUAUACAGUAGAACCUUGGCUAUGGGAUCAC